UGGGAAGCAGGAAGAGCCGUACAGCUGUGCUCCGUGGCUAACAGAGAGGCUAACAGAGAAGCUAACAGAGAAGCUAACAGGCUAACCCUCAGCGGUGGAAAUACCCGGACCCGUCCGCCCAACAAGACGACCUCGACAGCCGCUUUCAGACUCUGAAUCCAAGAUGGGAAAAGGUGGAGGCACAUUUGAGAGGCUUCUGGAUAAAGCCACCAGUCAGUUGCUACUGGAGACCGAUUGGGAAUCCAUCUUGCAGAUCUGUGAUCUCAUUCGACAAGGAGACGCACAAGCUAAGUAUGCUAUCGGGGCCAUUAAGAAGAAGCUUAAUGACAAAAAUCCACAUGUGGCCCUCUAUGCCCUUGAGGUCCUGGAGUCAGUGGUGAAGAACUGCGGUCAGACAGUCCACGAUGAGGUGGCGAGUAAACAAACUAUGGAGGAACUAAAGGAGUUACUCAAGAUACAGACGGAACCAAAUGUCAGAAACAAGAUCCUGUACCUGAUCCAGGCCUGGUCUCAUGCCUUCCGCAACGAACCUAAAUAUAAGGUGGUCCAAGACACUUAUCAGAUCAUGAAGGUGGAAGGUCAUGUGUUCCCCGAGUUCAAGGAGAGUGAUGCCAUGUUUGCAGCUGAGAGAGCCCCUGACUGGGUUGAUGCUGAAGAGUGCCACCGGUGCAGAGUCCAGUUUGGAGUUAUGACAAGAAAGCACCAUUGUCGAGCCUGCGGCCAGAUUUUCUGUGGCAAGUGUUCGUCUAAGUACUCCACCAUUCCCAAGUUUGGCAUUGAGAAGGAAGUGCGUGUAUGUGAGCCCUGCUUUGAGCUGCUUAACAACCACCCCUCCCUCUCUCCUCCUCUUAGGAAAGCUGAAGGGAAAGCCCCCACCCCAGGCCCCGCCGAGCUGCCGCCUGAGUACCUGACCAGCCCGCUGUCUCAACAAUCCCAGGUAGAAAUGCCUCCCAAGAGAGAUGAGGCAGCCCUGCAGGAGGAAGAGGAGCUUCAGCUGGCCAUUGCCCUCUCCCAAAGCGAGGCUGAGGAGAAGGAGCGCAUGAGGCAUAAGAACUCCUACACAAUGUAUCCCAAAGCUGAUCCCACUCCAGUGACUUCCUCAGCUCCACCAGUCAGCACGCUCUACACUUCUCCUGUGAACUCCUCUGCUCCAUCAGCUGAAGAUGUAGACCCUGAGCUGGCUCGCUACCUGAACAGAACAUACUGGGAGAAGAAGCAGGAAGAGGCUCGCAAGAGUCCCACCCCCUCAGCUCCUGCCCCCGUGCCAUUGGCUGAGCCGCUUCCACCAAUCAGUCAGCCAGUAGAAACUCAUGUCCCUGUCCAGCCGGUCAGCAUAGUGGAGCAACAGUACCAGAACGGUGAGUCGGAGGAGAACCAUGAGCAGUUUCUGAAGGCCUUGCAGAACUCCGUGACCACCUUCCUCAACCGCAUGAAGAGCAACCACAUGCGUGGACGCAGCAUCACCAACGACAGUGCUGUGCUCUCACUCUUCCAGUCCAUUAACAACAUGCAUCCACAGCUGUUGGACAUCCUCAACCAGCUAGAUGAGAAGCGAUUGUACUAUGAGGGGCUGCAGGACAAGCUGGCUCAGGUGCGCGAUGCUCGUGCAGCCCUCAACGCACUCCGGGACGAACACCGAGAGAAGCUGCGUCGUGCCACAGAGGAAGCGGAGAGACAGAGGCACAUCCAGCUCGCGCAAAAACUGGAGAUCAUGAGGCAGAAGAAACAGGAGUACCUGGAGAUGCAGCGACAGUUGGCCAUCCAGCGUCUUCAGGAACAGGAGAAGGAGAGGCAGAUGCGUCUGGAGCAGCAGAAGCACACGAUCCAGAUGAGAGCCCAAAUGCCUGCUUUCUCUCUGCCCUACGCCCAGAUGCAGUCUUUGCCCCCAAAUGUGGCGGGAGGGGUGGUGUACCAGCCUGGUGCUCCACCCAGCUACCCGGGUACCUUCAGCCCUGCUGGUUCUGUGGAGGGUUCACCUAUGCACAACAUCUAUAUGAACCAGCCUGGCCAGACUGCUCCACCACAGUACCAGGCCAUGCCCAGUCCUGCCCCAGAUCCCAAUAUGGUAAAUGCAUACAUGUACCAGCCUGCAGGCACUAAUGGGCAGCCUGCUCCUCCUCCUGGUCAGGCUCCGCCCACUACUAGUCCACCCUACUCCAACUAUCAGCCCACACCCACACAGGGCUACCAGAAUGCGGUCUCUCAGGCCCAGAGUAUGCCCCCCAUGCCCCAGCCUGCUCCCACCAACGGUAUGGGUUACAUGGGCUACCAGCCAUACGGCAUGCAGAACAUGAUUUCAGCAUUGCCAGGACAGGAUCCCAAUAUGCCCCCACAGCAGCAGUACAUGCAAGGCCAGCCGCCCAUGUACCAACAGGUGGCUCCCCCUGGUGGUCCGCAGCAGCAGCAGCAACAACAACAACAGCAGCAGCAGCAGCAGCAGCAGCAGCAGCAGCAGGUCCCUCAGGUUGUUCCCGGCAGCGCAGAGGCACAGCUCAUCUGCUUUGACUAAAAGCCUGCAUGCUGCCGGGUCUGACACACUACACCCUCCCUCCUCCUUUGGUCUCUCCUCUCACUCUCCGGACUCUCUGCCCUCUGGAAACGCAUACACACACACACACACACACAUACACAUACAGACACACACACACACACACACACACACACACACACACACACCCCUCCCACCUUGCUGUGAUGUUGUGGCAAUGUAAAAUAUUGUGAUGAUGUUGCAGAACUGUUGCUCUCCUUGCCUCUCCCCCACUGAAGUAUGGGAAUGCAGGGUGAAGCCACAAGAGAGGGCACCAUAACCCUUUUCCUCCCUCUUCCUCCCUCUUUCCACCCAAUAUGUAUGUAGUAUUUCCUUAUUAAAUGAAUAACUGAAGGUAAAAAAUAGUCAGUGGUAUUAAAGUAAAACAAAAAAAGAUAAGAAAAUAUAAUAAUAAUUCAGGACAAAAAAGACAAGACGUAACCAUCCUUUGUCUCAUAUUUUUCUAAAGCAAACUUUGCAUGUUCAAUUUAGUUAUUUUUUUCUGAAAUGGAAGUGAAUUAUUGCAACAAAUCCUACAGUUUGGGCAGUGAUUGAGGGGCAUCUUUACGUGCUGUUUAAGAGAUUGUGGGUGUGAGGAUGAAGAGUGAUGUCUAGCGACAGAAAGCACAGUCAAAGGCCUGAAAUAAAUGGCACCAACUCACAUCUCCAUCAGAUUUUACAGCUUGCCAUUGCAGCUGUAGGUUCCAUCCCUUCUCAUGCGCACACAAACUGGGGCCAUCUUGUUUUGGCAUUGCUGCUUGGAAUAACAAGUGUCUUUAUGUAGUUUCUUGAAUAACGAAACCUAUUUCAGUUAGAAAAUUAGCUGGGUGGUUGUUUUAAUCUUCUAUAUAUAUAUAUAUAUAUAUAUAUAUAUAGAAGAUUAAAACAACCAUAUAUAUAUAUAUACUUUCAUAGGUUAAAUAAUUGAAAUGACACAGUGAGUGACCAUAAAACCAACUAAAGCUGUACUGAAGCUCUACUAGCAGCCAGCAUCUCUUUAUUUAAAUGAUUUGAUAACAUUUUUGCCACAAAACAAAAACAUAGUACAUCAACCUAUAAUUAACUGCAAAUGACCUUCCAGGAACCCCAUUUUGUCUGCUUUUGGUUAUUACUGUCACAGAUGAGGACAUCUACUUAGUAAGUAAAGGUGGGAGCUCUUUUGUAAAGUAUACUUUGCUCUCUAGAAAUGUGGAAAUGCUUGCAGAGCAAACAUUAUGUGCCGCAUGUAUGUAUCACGCACCCAAUCGGUGAUUUCUGUAACCCUUCAGUUGCUAUCUGUAAACUUCUUUAUUCCAUCAUACUGAUCUGUCUGACUUUAAAAGUAAUUUUAAAAUGAUAUUUAAUAAAUAUCUGGUUCUUAUUGUC